AUGGAAGAGCCGAAAGAGCAUGCCAUCGCCACAGCUCCAUAUAGCAACAGGCCCCCCAGCCCUCCCUACAUACCCAUUCCCAUGACAUUUGCCAAAGGCGCCGCUACUUUUACAUUUGUCCCCUCUUUCAACAAUGUCGAUGCCAUGCGCCUCACAGGCGAGGACCUCAGGAUCAUAACCCGGAACAAGAGUCAGACUGCCACAGACAGAUCAGUCGGCUGGAACUACGAGGCUCGACGCAAAGCACAGACACUUUUGGACUUCCUCUACCUCGGCCCGUUAUCCGUUGCCCGCAACGAAGCUUGGCUUGCUAAGGAGAGCAUCACCAUGAUCAUUGUAACACGGCAUUCCAGGAUGGCUCAAGCUCGACUCAUGAGUGUCGACAAGGUAGCUCAGAAGCUCGGCAUCCACGUCGAGUACCUGGACGUCUUGGACAACUCUGAACUGAUCCAUAGCUUCCCAGAGGUGGUGACAAAGAUCAACAGUCAUUUAGUCGACGUGUAUCGCAGCCAAGCCAUGUCUGUCCAUGAAGGUCAGAUGGCUAUCGACGAGGAAAACUUCAGAAGCGGCAAGAUCCUCCUUGUUUGCGAAACAGGCAAUGAUCGGUCCGCUUUUGUCGCUGCAGCUUACAUUAUGAACAUGUAUGGAAAGGACAUGGUAUCCACCGUGCAAUUCAUCUCCAUGCAACGGUUCUCCGCCAACUUUGACGAGGAUGGAAAAAGGAUGCUACGAACUUACGAAGACAUUCUCAAUGCCCAGAGAAAUGUGUUCAGUGCGACGAGAGAUGUUCCUCGAGCCGGCCAGUCGAGUGGAAACAGCGGCGGACGAAGCAAGCGUGGCAUUGAAACGACCCUUGACGAAGAGGACAGGCAGGGCGGCGGUUAUGAGACAUUCGCUGCGGACCGCGAGCGGUAUCAGGACAGGAGCAAAUUUGUUCCGUUUCGUGAUCCCGACAUGGUCUCGUAG